AUGUCUGGAUUGGACCCAGCUAUAGCAUCGCUAGAACCAGGCCUCACCAGGUCCCUGAACCGGGGUCAAGUGCAAACUUACAGCAUUGGCAGGUGCCCCAUGCCCCCACAGCACCCUGGCACCCAGGACCAGACCUACCUGGAUGAGCUCAUCAGCAUCCCCAAGGGCAGCAGGCCUGGGUUCAGCUUUGGGAAACUCUGGGCUUUCACUGGUCCCGGCUUCCUCAUGAGCAUCGCCUACCUGGACCCGGGAAACGUGGAGUCGGACCUGCAGUGCGGGGCAGUGGCAGGGUUCAAGCUGAGAGGUGUCUCCUAGGGUCCCCACGCUGCUCUGGGUGGCUUGCCACAACCUGGGGCCAGGGGUCUUCACCUGGGAUGCCGUGCCAGCUUGCCUGGGGCCAGGUCCCUCUGUGGGUUCAGGCACCUCACGGUGCCUUGGCCCCUCCAGGUACCCCGUGUGAUGCUUUGGCUCAUGAUCGAGAUUGCCAUCGUCGGCUCUGACAUGCAGGAGGUGAUCGGGACAGCCAUUGCCUUCAGCCUGCUCUCAGCUGGCCGCAUUCCCCUCUGGGCUGGAGUACUCAUCACCAUUGUGGACACCCUCUUCUUCCUCUUCCUCGAUAAGUAUGGGCUCCGCAAACUGGAGGCUUUCUUCGGCCUUCUCAUCACCAUCAUGGCCCUGACCUUUGGCUAUGAGUACAUGAUGGUGAGGCCAGGUCAGGCGGAGGUACUGAAGGGCAUUUUCCUGCCCUACUGCAUGGGCUGUGGGCGAGAGGAACUACUCCAGGCUGUGGGCAUUGUUGGCGCCAUCAUUAUGCCCCAUAACAUCUUCCUCCACUCGUCCUUGGUCAAGACACGGGAGAUUGACCGGACCAAGAAGGAGGCAGUGCAGGAGGCCAACAUGUAUUUCCUGAUCGAGUCCUGCCUGGCUCUUUUCAUCUCCUUCCUUAUCAACCUCUUUGUCAUGGCUGUCUUCGGUGAGGCUUUCUACCACCAGCAAAAUGAGGACAUACACAACAAGUGUGUCAACAGCAGCAUGAGCCACUACGCCGAUAUCUUCCCCACUAACAAUGAGACGGUGUCUGUGGAUAUCUACCAGGGGGGUGUCAUCCUGGGCUGCUAUUUCGGGGCAGUGGCACUAUACAUCUGGGCCAUUGGGAUCCUGGCAGCUGGACAGAGCUCCACGAUGACUGGGACUUAUGCAGGGCAGUUUGUCAUGGAGGGCUUCCUGCAGCUCCGCUGGUCCCGCUUUGCCCGGGUGCUCUUCACUCGCUCCUUCGCCAUCCUGCCCACUCUCUUUGUGGCUGCUUUCAAGGAUGUCAGCCACCUCACGGGAAUGAAUGACCUGCUUAACGUCCUACAGAGCAUCCUGCUGCCCUUCGCCGUCCUGCCCGUCCUCACCUUCACCAGCCUGAGCCCACUCAUGCAGGAUUUCACCAACAGCCUCCCAGGGAAGGUGCUGAUGACCCUCAUCACAGGACUGGUGUGUGCCAUCAACAUCUACUUCGUGGUGGACUUUCUGCCCACACUGCGGGGCCUGGAGUACUACAUCCCUGUGGCCCUGCUGCUGGCUGCCUACGUGGCCUUUGUCGCCUACCUGAUCUGGACAUGCA